UUUAUAUUACAGAGAUGGAUGCGGCAUCGGAGAAGCGGGUAAAGAGCUCAAAGUUGUGAUCGUAUCCGAAUCCUCACAUUCCAGAAACCUGGUGAAGGAACAGGGUUGUAGUACUCAUAAUCUUAAAAUCUGUAAAACUUACUUGUAUCGACUUACAUUGCCGGCGAAGGCACCGAAUAUAAUGCCGGUGAUGAUGGUGCUACCGAUGGCGACACGGGCGCAAUGAUCCUGAUGAUGGUGACGCGGGCGCAAUCGAUCGUGAUGAUGGUGGUUGGAGAUUUGAUCUAGAAAAAAAAUCAAAAUCCAGACGUCUUUGAGUAAUCAGUAAACAUACAUAAAGAAGAAAGAUCCCGACGAAUUGAGAACCUCCGUCUUUUUGGGAAGUCGGUUGAAAUUUAAAACUUGUGAGUAAUAUGUAUAACCAAAAUAUUACAAAUAACACACCAUCUUUUCUAUAUUGGCAGCUCUUCUAUAUUGAGGAUCAUGAGGCUAAAAAUCAAAAGAUUCAAUUAAUUUAACCAAAAUGUUUUUUGAAUUAAAAAAAAAAAAAAACAAAAAAGCUAACUAGUCAAUAGAGUGCGUGCGGUCCUGGUCGCUCGUGACGGACAUUGGAGAGGCCUCCACGCCCCCUGCUACCCCGGCUAGGGCUACCUCGAUCAGCACUACCACUACGCUACAACUUCAACCACAUGCACCACAUCCGCCACCGUUUCCAAUCCACCCGUGCACAAGCACAUCUCUUCCACGUCUAAGACCGCGGAUGCGAGGACGUCUUGUUUCACUUAGAACAUAAAAAUUAAUUGCAUGCAAAUUAAUGAUUUUUAAAGCAGAAACUCACAAAUAAAUAAAAGCAACAAAACCAAAAACAAAAGCAUAAAUAAAUUUAAAAAGUUCAAAACAUCCAUCACCAAACAAUAAAAAAAAAGUCUUUUCAUGCCAAAAUUAUAUCUUGUGAGGUCUUAUUCAUACUUGUCGAUCUUCGGAACAAAAAUGACGUCUAGUGUCACUGACCUCAAAUUUCGCAUCUGUUGAUCGAGCUCCUAGAAUCCGCUUAGGUUAAGUAUGUUUUUAUUUGAACACUAUACAAAAUCCACACGGUAUUUUUUAUAAUAAAAGCUUAGAAACUCGAGGGAAAUGCUGUCACGAAAGCCUCGGUCUUGUCUUCAUUACAUCACCAUCUCUAAAAUAUUGUCGCAUAGGUUUUGAAGAAUCAUAAAAUUCAUCUUUUAAAAUGUCUGCAUCUGGUUUUGUGGCUGCAUAAUGGCCCAGUACAUCAAUGAGGGUUUUCGAAAAUGGCGUCCACGAGGUGGCAGCACCGAGACGUCAGGUCCAGGUACCUGUCAAAACACAUACACGAUUUAUAUUUUUCGAUCAUUUUUUUGGUUUAUUUAUUCUUAAAAACGUUACAAACGGAAUAUUGUUUUCCAAAAUGCCACAGUGUUGUGCAGUGCCUAUGUGUGCAAAUAAAAAAGGAGGACAUAAGUUCCCUACAAAAGAUAAAAGCCGAUUAAAACAGUGGCUUGUAGCCAUUCGAAGAGAUAAAUUUACUCCAACGAAAAAUAGCCUCGUUUGCAAAAGCCACUUCACAGAGGACGAUUACCAGCUACCGAAGGACUCAGUAUUAGAAAAACCCAGACCUGUGUUGAAAAAAUGUGCAGUGCCACGUCGAUUCCCAUGGAAUGAAGAAAAUUCUAGCUUGCAUCAAAAAAAGGAGGAGCGACAUCAAAGGCUUUUGGCGCGAAAUGAAAGGAAAAUUAGUGUCCAAGUACACAUAAACAAUGAAAAAGAGAAGGAUGACACCUUCCUCAUGGAAACUACAAACUUUUGCGAAGUAGAAAUUGAAUUCGAGAAGAAACAGAAAGAUAUUGGUAUCCAAUGUGAUUUAUAUGGAAGUGAUGAUCUCAAAACAUUUAAAGAAUGUCCUCCAAAUGAAAACAAAAAAAAAAAAUCUUCAAUUGCAAAUGUGCUGGAUAUAACCAAUGCGGCCGAAGUACAGUUUUAUACUGGUUUCCAAGAUUAUGAACAUAUCAAAUUCAUAUUUAGUAUUUUUGGAGAUGAAGUAAAUUGUUUAAAAUAUUAUCCUCAACUGAAAACAUUGAAGGUGCCGUUUCUAAACCCUUGUGAUCAAUUCCUUCUAGUGUUAAUUAAAUUACGCCGGAACAUGCUAUUUACAGAACUCGCCUUUCGAUCGAAGAUUGAUAAAACGGUACUAAGUAACAUUUUUAUAACAUGGAUCAAUUACUUAUAUUGUAAAUUGAAAGAGUUAAAUGUUUGGGUGCCAAAACAAUGCAUAGAUAAAAAUAUGAAAUACUAUGGCAAGAUUAAUCCAUGCACUGUGAUAGUAGAUUGCACGGAAAUAAAAAUAGAGAAGCCCAAAAAUCCACUUACACAACAACUUACAUAUUCCACUUACAAAUCAGCAAAUACUCUAAGGCCCGGUUCCCACUACGCCGGACCGGCAGAUCUGCCGCGCCGGUAA